UGUUAAUCGUGUGUCAAAAUGGUGACAGUGACAAAAACUGACUGGUGUUGCAUUAUUAGUUACUUGCUAUAAACAAUUACAUCUAGAAGACGCAUCAGAAAAUUUGAUUCUUUAGUGGUAAAGAGAUAAUUUGGAUAAGCUACUGUGAGGAUAUCUCUGAUUCUCUUAUUCAUUAACUAACAGGGGUUUAAUAGAUCUUUCUAGCAUGUCAACAUAUACCGUGCAAUUCACCUUUCCGUCUAGAAAUAACGGACUCAAAAUAUAAAACAAAAUAAAAUAUUAAACCUGUUAUUUUCCCCUUUAUACUUUUUGGAUGCAAAGAAUUAAAAGGUGAUAACAAAGUACCUAAUUAAUAAAAUGGUACAUGCUUUAUAUACUCAAAAACAUGAAACAGAAUUUCAUAAGUGUAACUUACCUGGAGAACCUUGGAAUAUUAUUGCUACAUUCAUCGAGAGUGGUUUAUUCGUAAAUCUUCGCAGGUUUUUAAAGCGUUGCAUGAUGAUUAGUACAAAUCAUCCAUAUACCCGCUCUUAUGCACCAUCUAUUAACCGCUUAAAGCUAGAGGAAAAGGAGCAUCUUAUAGAAAAUUACGCAAUAAUUCAUCCUUUAAGCAUGUUUUCGUUAUAUUUUAAUUUUAUUACAUGCUUUAUAUUCGUAUUUUAUUUCUUGCAUACACCAAUUUUGUACGCUAUGACAAACUCAGAGAACAAGCGGAUUUACAUAAUGUUGCCGGUCCAUGUAACAAAGGUCACGCUUAUAAUAGUAACAUUUCUGACUGGCGUAUACAAUGAGAAAGAUAACACGGUUUCUAUGAAUCCAGGAGAUAUUGCAAAGUCAUAUUUAAAGUCAUACUUUUUCGUGGAUGUACUUACCCCUUUUCUCAAAUUUCUUGGACUUAUAAUCGUAAAGAAACAUCCUUUAAGAAAAACACUUACCAUGAUACAUCCAAUAGUGGUAAUCAUGAGAUAUGUAAGGUAUAUUUGGUGUCUACAGGUCCUAAAAGUGGCUCGUUUAUAUUUUGGUUGUUCCAUAACCGUAUUUCGAGUUGUAAAACUAUUUUUAAAUUUAUGUAUUGUCAAUAUGCUGCUCAUUUAUAUUUUAUAUAGCCUUUCGCAUCGAAAAGAAACAUAUAAUUUUCAAGUAUUUUUAAGCAACGCAGAGGAUAUCAUUAGAAUGCUUUUUCUGAUAAAGACUGAAUUUAAUGUUAUAGAGAAUGAUAUUUUUGCAACAAAAAUUGUAAGAAUUUUGGUUCUUAUUGCAGGAUUUAUCUAUCACUUGGCUAUCCUAGCUGAGGCCAUGAGUAUUUGGUUUAAAGUGUUUAGAGCUGAGAAUAACGAAACUGAAAUAAUUCAGUCAGUUAUUACUUAUGCAAAAUAUAAAGCUUUACCCUUUACUUUAAGAGAGCGAAUCUGCCUUUAUUUGGAGUUUAAAUAUCACGGUAGAUUUUAUAAGGAAUCAUCCAUAGAGCAGGUGACAACAAGUUUUUUGCAAACAGAAAUUAUUUUGGCUGGUACAAAAAAUGUUUUGGAAAAAGUCCCCAUUUUUCAAAAUGUGCCCUAUAGUCUAUUGAGGAAACUACGGGUUAACUUACGCAUUGAAAUAUAUUUACCUAGUGACUAUAUCAUUAAAUUUGGUAGCAGAGGAGGAAGCAUGUUUUUUCUUAGAGCAGGAACAGUCCUAUUAACAUCGGAAAAAGGUGAAGAAAUAUGCACGUUAAGGGAUGGUUCAUAUUUCGGAGAAGCUGGCUUAGUAAUUAAUAUGAAUCGAUUUGUAAAUGUGAUAGCAGUAACGCCUUGCGAACUUUUUAAACUUAAAAGAUCCGACUUACUGGAUGUACUUCAAGAUACACCAGAACUUUACGAAGAAAUGGAAAAUAGUAUAGCCAAUAAAGUUUCUUUGGCCCUACGCACUAAUGAUCUUAACGAUGCGGUUAUUUAUUAAUAAUAUUCAAAUUAGUUAUUUGUUAUUUUAAAAAUAGUCUUUAUUACUUGUUAAUAUGUUUUCUCGAGUUUAGUUUAUUAUCAGAAUUAGUAUAGUAUAUAAUAUGUUGUUUAUUGUUAAAUAAAUGGAAAUGGUAUUUG